UUUCGUUGAGAGGAAUUAAGCAGACUAGUAAGGUCUAUAACAAUUCCAAGUGGUAGAAAAAAAAUCGUAGAGGUAGAACAAGUAAAAAAGAGAAUUUUGGAAAUAAUCAUAUUCGUGGUUUUGUUGGACCUUCAUGCUAAGCUAUUUCGUAAAGCACUCAAUUAGAAAAUUAACAAAAUGUUUCUCGGACGGAAGAGUAAUCAAUAUUGGAAAUUCCUGACAAUAGUUUUGUUAUUUGUAUUAUUGGUGACACAAAUUAACGCUGAUUUGGCACCGAAUGAGGAUGAUGAAGGUACAAAUGAAAAAAUUGACUUGGAACAGAAACCUUCUGAGGAUGGAACUAAAGCUCAAACACCAAAAACAAAUCUAGGAUUUAUUCAUGCUUUUAUAGCAUCAUUUAGUGUUAUUAUCGUAAGCGAAAUAGGAGAUAAAACAUUUUUCAUUGCGGCUAUUAUGUCUAUGAAAUAUCCUCGUCUAACAGUCUUUGGAGGGGCAAUUACAGCGCUCGCGUUAAUGACUGUCUUAUCAGCUGUGUUUGGCAUGGUCUUUAUUCAAUUCAUUCCACCAUCAAUUACUCGAUGGGUAUCUGUGGGCUUAUUUGUUGUAUUUGGACUUAAAAUGUUACACGAAGGUUGGAAAAUGACUAGCACUGAUGCAGCUGAAGAAAUGGAAGAAGUACAAGCAGAUAUUAGAAAGCGAGAAGAUGAGCUAACGCAAAGUAUGUUAGCGUUAGAAAGACGCAAUCAAACUGAAAUAAUAUUGGAUUCGGAGCCUAAUAUGACUAACAAUAUUCUAGCAAAUGGCAUUCACGCUGAGAAUAAAAUGCUUAAUAAGGACACGAGAAGUUCGCAAGAUGCUGAAGCUGGAGGAGCUAGGAAAAAAGCUAGUCCAUUCACGCUGUUAUUUAAGAUAUUCAUGCAAGCCUUUACGAUGACUUUUGUCGCUGAAUGGGGCGAUAGAUCUCAAAUUACAACAAUUAUUUUAGCAGCAAGAGAGAAUUUAUGGGGUGUCAUUUUAGGAGGAAUUAUUGGUCAUUCAAUUUGUACGGGAUUGGGUGUAAUAGGGGGAAGAAUAAUAGCUCAAAAGAUUUCUGUACGUACAGUAACCAUUGUCGGUGGUAUAGUCUUCCUCAUAUUUGCUAUUACAUCAUCAAUUUGGGAUCCAAAUGAUUCAGUCGGUGGUCCAGAGCCAGCAAGUAAUACCGGAGGAAACUGAACGCUAUGUAAUGCAGAAGGCCUUAACAAACCAACAGAAUUGAUUUUAUAAUAAUUGUAACAUGCCCGUUAGAUCUAUGUGAAUUACUUGUUUAUUUAUACUUUUCCACUUCUUUUUCCCAACAAAUCUUUCUCAUUAGUGCAGAAUUUAUUUUAUUUUUUCAUUCUAAAUGAAGAGUUAUUAUGAUAAGAAAAAUAGUGAUAUUUAAUGAAGGAUGAAAAUAAUAUAAUAAUAUAUAUGAAUGUAAAUAAGAGUAAUGAACUGAACCUAUUGUUAUUUUGUUCACUCUACACGUAGGUAAUAAAAACAAACUAUAUAUCACUUGACUAGAA